GAGGCGACGCCGCGCCCCGACACCCGCGCCUCUAGAACGAGAUGAGGGGCUCCGGGGCGUCCGCCUCAGAGUCCACUGAGAGCGAGGAGGCCCUGGGGCCACCCCCGGAGCCGCGAGCCCCGGAACCCCGAGCCCCGGAGCCCGAGCCCGGCUUGGACCUGAGCCUUAGCCCGAGCCCGCUGCCCGAGAGUCCGAAGCCGCGGAAGGGGCGGCGGGGCGGCAGCCGGAGGGGGCGGCAGGUUCGUUUCCAGCUGGCGCCGCCCUCCCCGGUGCGGUCCGAGCCGCCGCCGGCGCCCGGUGCAGCGGGCGACGAUCACGAGCUGGAGGCACCCGCGCUGCAGAGCAGCCUGGCUCUGGGUCUGGAGCUGCAGAACGCGCGCGCCGCUGUCGCCAGCGGCCAGUUUGAUGCCUCGAAGGCGGUGGAGGAGCAGCUGAGAAAGUCGUUCCAGACCCGCUGCGCCCUGGAGGAGACCGUGGCGGAGGGGCUGAACGUGCCGCGCUCNAAGCGACUCUACCGAGACCUGGUGAGUCUGCAGGUGCCCGAGGAGCAGGUUCUGAACGCGGCGCUGAGGGAGAAGCUGGCGCUGCUGCCACCGCCGCCCCGAGCCCCGCCCCUGAAGGAGGUGCUCGGGCCAGGGCCAGACAUGACCAUGCUGUGCAACCCAGAUUCUCUGUGGUCCGAAUCUCCGCACUUGACAGUGGAUGGGCUGCCCCCACUCAGGCUCCAAGCCCGGCCCCGCCCUUCAGAAGAUACUUUUCUCAUGCAUCGGAUGCUGAGGCGCUGGGAAGCGUAGCCCUCAAAACUCUGGAAUGCUAGUCUUUAUUUUUGUUAGUUUGUUUUUUUUUUUAAUAGAAUAAAGUGUUUUCCCCCCU